CGGUUAUGUCUUUGAUGCAUCUCUUACACUGAUUCAUUCUGCAUAAACCCUACGAAUUGGGAUUUUGGGGCUUCCUGGGUUUAUCGAAUAUCAAUCUCUUCGGAGAAGAAUCAAGAGAAUAAAAGAAAGAAUCGGAAUUUAAUGGCGUGUAAUCAUCCCUUACCAUCCACAUCGACAAACCAUGAUUCAACGACGAAGGUUACGGAUAUGGAUAUGGACUCGCUGGUCCAUUGCGCAAGCCACCUCACCCUUCAAGACCUCUCUAACAUGGCCAUCUCCUGCAAAUUUCUCAAUCGCGUCGUUUCUUCUGAUUCCAUUUGGCGACGUUUGUUCAGGGAGCGGUGGCCACAGCAGGAAGCCUAUAUCAUUUCACAAACAUCAGGUGUAAGAGAAGCAUAUAUGGCACGAUACAGAGCUUUGCAGCAGUUUAAGUUUUUUGACCCUCUAGUUUGUGACGUAUACAUUGGGGCAAAAUCCAGUGACCUUUUAUUUAGCAAGGAUUCUAUAAUUUUUUCUCAGGGUCCACUUAUACAGAUUUUGGAUAUCGAUAAACUUUUAGAAGGAAAAGUUGUCUUUGCCCCACUUAAUGAUCAUCGUGCGAGGAUUACUAGCAUGAGGCCUUUUGCAUGCAGAUUAUUUCCUCUGAAAGAAACAUCUUUAUUUCGGAAUGAGGCACAAAUAAAUGAAAAUGUUUUAGUCACCUCAAGCUGCGAUCACUCUAUUCGGCUAUGGUGGAAGGGAAGUUGCCAGCGAUGUUUUAGAGGUCACAAUGGUCCAGUUACCAUCCUUUCUGAUAAAUUGUUAGGAGAUGGAACUGGAAAAGUUUUUGCCAGUGGAGGUGAAGACAGUACGGUUCGCCUUUGGUCACUGAGCUCAAGCGGAAAGCGUGGUCAACAUGCUUUGAAGGGCACACUUUAUGGGCAUGAGAAACCUAUAGUGCUGAUGUCUGUUACAGGGCAUAGGGCUUCCCUUAUAGUGAGCAUGUCCAAAGAUUCCAAGGUUAGGGUAUGGGACGCCUCUAUAUCAGCUUCUGAUCGUAAUUCUAGCUGUGUGGGCACGACCUCCGUCUCCGGUGUGCCGGUGGGCAUGAAGUGCCAUGAUUCGUUGAUAUAUAUAGCUGCUGGUUCUUCUAUUGAAGCUGUUGACUUGAGGACCAUGAAAAGAGUCUUCAGGACAUCAACUCACCAAGGAAAACUGUACUCAUUUGACAUUAUGCCCUCAAAUUUUUUAGCAUGCACCGGUGGACUUGGCAGAGCCAUGCUUUGGGACAUCAGGAGAAGCACAGGGACCACGGAAGCAUGUCCAAUGGCUGAACUAGAUGGGCAUAUAGGUCCGGUGACCCAUUUGCACAUGGACCCGUACAAAAUAGUAACCGGAGGUCCUAAAGAUCCAAAUGUUAAUAUCUGGCAGGCGGACAACGGUAACCAAACAAAUAUUCUGAUUUCAUCACCUUUAGACAAUGCUGGCUGUUCUGGUUUGGCUGCAGAUGGUUUUCGUAUUGUUACUGCUGGUUACAAUCAAGAAGAGGGUGUAUUACGUUUUCGGGAUUUCAGCAAUGCUGUCUCUUCUGGCUCAUCGACUGACCAGAUCACUGGUUCCAAAUUUUGGUGCCCAUCAACUUCUGGUGAUGCCGAUGACUCUGAUGGCUAAGCAGCUAUUUUAAAUAAUAACAUGAUAGUUAAUUCAAAUGUAAAAAGGCGUAUCAUCUCCAACUAUUAUGUUAUUUUAAAUUUUUUGGAGAUUUUAG